AUGUUUCUGUGUCUGCAGUACAGACCUCCUCCACCAAAGGUGGCAAACUCUCCUGCUGUAUCCACAGUGUCUUCUCGUCUACCUCAGCGCUCAGCCUAUGGGCAGAGUGCUGGCACAGGUAUUCCUAGCAGCAAAACCUCAUCCACUGGCACAGUGAGGAGUGUAUCAUCAGGAUACUCUCCAUUACGAAACACCUCAUAUGGCUUGACCAGCUCUCCCUCUGAAGGGAACAUGAAACCCAAGGUCAUGGUUUCACAAAGCUUGCUGAGGAAUCCACCUUCUGGUAUAGGGAUGAACAAGAAGAAGGUCCAAAAUGUGAGAGUGACUUCUUGUGGUGAAUAA